GGGUGGAGUAAACUAUAAGGGCAGGGAAGACAAAGUGCACUGUUACCUUUGUCUCAGCUUUUCGUCUUAAAGAAUGUAAUUGUCGAUCGCAGGAGGCAGAGCCCACACUUCGGUGAGACCUCCCUCCCUCCCAUCACUGCGGGAUCCUCCACUUCCCCCUACAGCAAAGCAGGCGCCUUCACAGAAGGACUGAGAGCUUUCCAGGCAUCCCUGGCCGUGCAGGAGUAGACAUGACGACAGGAAGGAUCUGCUGCCUGGUGCUGCUGACCCUCGGGGUGCUGGCAGCGGUGGUUGUGCUCCUGGUCACCUUGACUCAACCCAAGUGUGGUCCUCAGCAAUACCUGCACGGCGCUGUGGCUGCUGACACUGAGACCUGCUCUAACAUUGGCCGGGACAUCCUGAAAAGAGGAGGCUCAGCUGUGGAUGCUGCCAUUGCUGGUUUGAUCUGCACAUCAGUGAUGAACCCUCAGAGUUCAGGUCUGGGUGGUGGAGUCGUAUUUACAAUCUAUAAUGCAAGCACAGGAACAGUCGAGGUGAUCAAUGCCCGUGAAACAGCUCCCCGAGAUGUUCCUAGCAAUCUGUUGUCUGGCUGUGCUGGUUUUCCCAUCGGUCCCCAGUGGAUUGCUGUACCAGGAGAAAUUCGUGGGUAUGAAGAAGCCCAUAAGCGUCAUGGCCGCUUGCCAUGGAAAUCCCUGUUUGAACCAACCAUCAAGCUCCUUUCAGACCCACUUGUUGUUUCUCCAGUUAUGGACAAAAUAAUCAAUCACCGAAACUUUUCCCAAGUGGGACGAAACCUGUGCCCAUUGAUUUGUGACGGUGAAAGGUUUUUGACAAAAGGAAAGACCUUCAGGUGGCCAGCACUGCAGCGGACGCUGGAAACUUUGGCAGAAAAUGGACCUGCAGCAUUUUAUGAGGGACAGAUAGGAAAGGCCCUGGUGGAAGACAUUAAGAAAGUUGGGUCUGUGAUCUCAAUGGAGGACCUUAAGGCAUACAAAGCAGAAGUAUCCUCAGCUGUGAACAUUACCCUGAACAAAAACAUCACGGUGUUUUCUCCUCCACCACCCAUGGGAGGUGCUGUGCUCAUGUUCAUCCUCAAGAUAUUGGAAGGGUAUAAAUUCAAUGAGACAUCAAUGGCGACACCAAAGGAAAAGGGAGAAACCUACCAUCGCAUUGCAGAGGCCUUGAAGUUUGGCAAUAUGCUAAAGCCUGAGAUGAAAGACCCAGCCUUCUCUGAAGCCAAGGCAGCUAUGGAAAUCAUACUAUCUGACCAGACUGUUGAGAGAGUCAGAAGAAAAAUAGAUACCCGUGGUGACCAUCCAGUCGACUAUUAUAACUUAUGGAAGUUAGCCUACAACCAUGACUACGAAAGUAGAGGCACAAGCCACAUCUCUGUACUUGCUGCAGAUGGCAGUGCUGUGUCUGCCACCAGCACCAUCAACUAUCCGUUUGGCUCCUUCAUUUAUUCCAACCAGACUGGGAUCAUUUUGAAUAAUGAACUUGCUGAUUUCUGUACAGCAAAGACAAGUAUUCAAGCAGGAGAGAGGCCUCCCUCAUCAAUGGUGCCUUCAAUCCUCAUCUCGAAGUCGGGAGACAUGCUGGUGAUUGGAGGGGCAGGUGGUGGCUGGAUUAUCAGUGCUACUGCUAUGGCCAUUAUAAACAAGCUGUGGUUUGGUUAUGACUUGGAGCAUGCCAUUUCAUCUCCCAUCAUGCAUACCAACAAAGACAGUAUCCUGUUUGAGGGACACUUCAGUGAGGAUGUUAGGAACAGCUUGCUGAAAAGAGGACACAAAGAACAGAAAGUUGAACUUGCAAUGAAUGUUGUGCAGGGAGUUUCCAAGGAAGGAAAAUGCAUCUCUGCUUACUCUGAUAAAAGGAAACUGGGGAAAUCAGCUGGAUAUUAGCAUGAAAUGCCAUCACGACGUCUCUAUUCUAGUCAAAACCACAGGAGAUAACUAGAUUCAGAUUCAUGCAUCUUCCACUGCUGCUGAAGAGCCUUGGUUAAGAACACAACUGGUUUCUUUCAGGCUGUUGCCACGAUAAGCUUCUAAUUACUGGGGCUCAGCAAUGUGAAGUGACUGAGUAACUAUAAGAAAUGUCUGUAGGGUGAGGAUUACAAUGUCUACAAUUACGUUUGGGCUUCCAGGUUGGGUUCGGAAAGAAAAGGAAACAAAGCUCUGUGUUCUACCUCUUGGUUUUGCCAUCCAAAGGAGCCCUACUUUUCCCAUAGAAUGGCAGAUGAAAUCAUAGUGCACCAUAGCGCUAGCUUGCUGCCAAGCAUGUUCUUUACUUUGAAGACAAAAUGGAUACCAUGAGCUGAAGCCUCAUUCAACCCUACCCCACUGGUCACUUAAAAUCUAAACCUCCUAUGGAGCAAUGUGAAGUUGCUGCUCUGGGGAGGGAGAGGCCUCAGCUUAGUUCCUUGAUGACACCUCUCCCCAUCUAUGCCUGUUCUUCCUCCUCAGUGCCUGCAGAAGAUAAGUAGCUUGGGAAGGCAGGUGAAGAUAGCAGCUGAAGAAACACUGUAUUGCUUUUGAAGCUUUAUAAGGAUAUAUAUAUUUUAUAUAUAUAUAUAAUCAGAAGACUUAUUUUGUAGGCAUGAGCUUCUUCUGGUCAGGCAAAUGCCAAGACUGCUGAAAAGUGCUGAUGCAGUUGCAAAACCCUUUUCUUCCUUAGCCUGAGUACAUGCUCUAAUUCUCUGUUUACCACAACUAGUCUCAAUUGGUCCCUAAAGAUGACAAGAAUGAAAUUGCAUGACUAUUUGGAAGCUUCUAGAGGAGAGACCUGAACCCAUUCAUCUGGCCACAAGAGGUCCUUUGCAAUUAACCUUGCUCUGCUUAGGAUGGCCAAAGGAAUCUAAUGUUAAAACAACAAGUAAUAACAUCUCACCACACACUUCUCAAAUAAGCAACAACUUCCAUUUUCUGAAAGCCUGUGAAUUUUACUUUCCUAUGGAUGCAGACAGUACUGUUAUGAGUGUUUUUGACAGCGAAGCUAAACUAGGUAGGCACUAGCAGAGACCCUCCUCGCCCCCCAUGAUAACUGUCACCUCCCAUGCAACCCUUGGUAUUUCAACUACACGAACAAAAAACCUUCCUCUGUAGCCACCAGAACAAGUAUUUAAGCACGGACAAUUAAAGUAAACCCAAACCAGACCAUCUGCAUGCACUGUUGUAAACAAAGCGAGGUGAGUAAUGAGUCUACAUUCUUAACAACAAAUUUUGUCAGCAAGUCCAAUGCUUUGUUGAAAUCUUGACCUUCAGAUGAAUUUUAAUGAUGUUCUGAGUGAAGCUGCCUAGAUCCAGACAUAGACAGACUGGAUCCUGGCUUUAGCAAGAUCUGCAGUUAUUUCUAGCUUGACCAACUGCUUUGAGCUUACAGAAAAGCAACCAAAAUGGCACUGGCUAAAGGCAGGGUGAGCAGUUCUUGCUUUGCUAUUAAGCCAUGCCAAAUCAUGUCUCACUUCCAGAAAAACCAAGACAUAUAGCAACUGAUCCUCCUGAUUCCCUUCACUUCUGAUGUACCAAAGGGUAAAGCACACCUUAAUUAUCCAGCCAGUGCAGCGUAUCACCUUUCCAGUAAACUACCAUCAUCUACAUCUCACAACAAAGCCUUGGGAAUAUUAUCUGCAAACCAGCACUCAGUGUAAUGUAACUGCUUUGCUAUUAACCAUUGAAACUGAGCCAAUUAAGCAGUUUCAGAACCUGUCACAGAUUUCAUUUGCAAGGCAGAAAGGAAUGCGUGCAGAUCACUCACUGUGGCAGUCCUGGAUCCCUCAAUGACAAACAAAAUAUUUUGUGAAGCAUAAGUCUAUACCUCCUUCUCACCCUGCCACUUCCUCAGUGCUGCAGAAGCUCAGCUCUCCCAUGCUGGUCCUGCCCUAUUCAUGCUGAUGCCAACAGAAGAGUGUUAUAACUAGUCAACUUGCACGGACUUUUACAGCACUGCUGUACAUAGGCUGCUCUAUUUUCUAUGUCUUCUUUAAAUUAUAUUUUUAAUAAAGUGUUUUUAAAUGUUAAA